AUGUCGUCGCAAGAUUUCGAGCUUCGCGAGCAAGACAGAUGGCUUCCGAUUGCUAACGUUGCGCGAUUAAUGAAGAACACGUUGCCGACCACGGCCAAGGUGUCGAAAGAUGCAAAAGAGUGUAUGCAGGAGUGUGUCUCGGAAUUCAUCUCUUUCAUCACCAGCGAGGCGAGCGACAAGUGUUUGAUGGAAAAACGCAAGACCAUCAAUGGAGAGGAUAUCCUGUAUUCGAUGACCAAUCUAGGCUUUGAAAACUACAGCGAAGUCCUCAAAAUAUAUCUGGCAAAGUAUAGAGAACAGCAAGCGCUCAAACAGGAACGUGGAGAAAUCAAAAGGAAGAAAGUGAGCAAGAAAAACGGUUCGAUGGCUGAGGUGGCUGAGCAGGACGACGACGCGGAAGACGAUGGCGACAACAUCAUCAAAAAAGAUGAGGACGACUUUCUCGAGUACCCCGUUGACGACUCAGAGAGCAAAGAACAACAGAAAUCGCAGUUCGAGGAAAAUGAAUAUAUGCAGCAACUAUAUGAGCAGGACUACGGAGAUCAUUCACACUACCCUCAUAACCCGCAGUACCAUAACACGCACGAAGAUGACGAUGACAUGGGAGUUUCACCGCUGAAAAAUGCUCGGUCGGCAGAAAUCGGUUCUUCCGGCGUUGCCAAACACAGUGAUCAUGCCAAGCUCGAAGGUACGGAGAAGGUCAUUGCAACCACAGACGACGCCACUCUGUCUUUGAACUUGAACGACAAUGUGCCUGAAGCAGUAUCUGAGAGCGAGGAGCUGGCGUCUUUAGCGAACGGCCAUCAUGGAGAAAAUGUUCUGUAUCGCUACCAGGGAGGCUUUUAA